UCGAUCCGUAGUGUGCCGGUAUCCGGAUUUUGUCGACCGAUAAUCGCGAAAGUGUGUCGUAGAGGAGAAUAAUGCACUCGUUAAGGGUCAUAUUUCCCCGAUGUGUGUCCGCUUGUCGGAUACUCCCGCCUCUAAGGCCUGCACCGGUGCGGCAACCGCUAAUCGUAACCUGCCGUGGACAACAAUCGCGAACCACCAACAUCAGUGUUCGCACGCUAUGCUCGAAGCCCCCGCAAACGACAGGACAGGAUUCUUCGGUGGAGCCGGCAAAUAGAGUGUACUACGGAACGUUGACGCCUCAGAUACGGGCGGUGAAGGUAUUUUCCCUGGCCACUAGUAUCGGCGGUAUCAUUGCACAGCCGGUUCUGCUAGAGCAGGCAAAUAAAAUCGGUGGAACUCCCAUGAUAGUGGCCGUCUGUGGCUUUGCCGGUUUCUUCACUUUCGUCACGCCCAUUCUGCUGCACCUGGUCACCAAGCGGUACGUUACGGAGUUGUACUACGAUCCGGCCGAGCAGCAGUACACGGCCGUGACGAUAACGUUCUUCCUGCGGCGAGAAAGGAUUAAUUUCAAGCUAACGGAUGUAGUAGUUCCCGAAGUAGGAGGUUUGUUCACAACCUUCCUCGUGAAGAACAAAGCACUGUUCGUUGAUCCGCAAAUGUUCCCCGAUCCAACGCAUUACAUCAAAAUUAUGGGUUACGAUAAACCGAUCGACUUUAAAUUCGAGGAAGCACGUCAAUCAGCGGGAAGUGAAGAGGAACAUAAGAGGAAAGAUCGAUAGCUGGUGGAAUUAGCAAUAGGUAAUAAAUCUUAAUCCAACCUAA